GGUGGAGGGCAGAUUUUUGUUUAUUUUCGUGGCCAGCUAGGUUUUCGGCGGGUUGGCGUCAGCUGAAAAAUCCGGGUGAAACUUUAAUGACGUGUCGCCGGGUGAUCGGGUGAACGUGGUUGACUGGUUAGCGGUUGCAUUAUUCCGUGAGAUGCUGGAUUUUGGGGACAACAGAGAGGAAAGGCUCGUUGGCGUGAAGUUGGUCUGUUAGCGCAUGUGUGCUAGCAGGCUAGCGAGCUGAUCGUAAGCUAGUCUGUCAGCCUUUAGGCAGAUAAAGCUACUUCGACUCCGUCUUUUUGCGGGUGGGACUGCUCUGCUGAACGGGGAGCUACUGUGGCUUGACGUUGACUACCUUGGGUAAAGGAAUAACUUCUCAUUGUCACUACAAGCGGGGGGAAAAAAGCAUAAAGGACGCAGCUGGAAAGGCCCACCCAGUGCUGAAAACGGCGAAGAAAGAUGUCAAUCACAAACACUCCCACAAGCAACGACGCUUGCCUGAGCAUCGUGCACAGCCUCAUGUGCCACCGGCAGGGCGGGGAAAGCGAAAGCUUUGCCAAGCGGGCCAUCGAGAGUCUUGUCAAGAAGCUGAAGGAGAAGAAAGAUGAGCUGGAUUCUCUUAUUACUGCCAUCACCACAAACGGGGCUCACCCUAGCAAAUGUGUAACCAUACAGCGAACUUUGGAUGGACGCCUGCAGGUCGCAGGGCGUAAAGGUUUCCCCCAUGUCGUCUACGCCAGACUGUGGCGAUGGCCGGAUCUCCACAAGAACGAGUUAAAACACGUGAAAUACUGCCAGUAUGCCUUUGACCUGAAAUGCGACAGUGUUUGUGUCAACCCAUACCACUACGAGAGGGUUGUUUCCCCGGGAAUUGACUUAUCAACAUUGACCCUUUCAAAUUCAGGUACAAAGCUUUCCUUUUUCCUCGUCGCAGGCUUUGUUGAACGUUCAUCAGUCUUAAUCGUGUCUGUCGUUUCUCUGCCAGGUCCGCUUAUAGUAAAAGACGAGUUCGAUUACGAGAACCCGCAGUCGCACUCCAGCUCCGACGGCCACCUGCAGACAAUCCAGCAUCCUCCGUCCAGGCCCGUUCCACAGGACACGUUCAGCAGCCCCCCUCUGCUGCCGCCAUCGGAGGGCAGCACUGCAGCCUCCUCCUCCGCCUUCUCUACCAUCAGUGCUGGACCUUCAAAUCCAACCCCGAACUGGAACAGAACCAGCAGCUUCCCCCCGGCGGUGCCCCAACACCAGAACGGCCAUCUACAGCAUCAUCCACCCAUGCCUCACACGGGCCAUUACUGGCCUGUCACCAAUGAAAUAGCAUUCCAGCCCCCUAUAUCAAAUCACCCUGCUCCAGAAUACUGGUGCUCCAUUGCGUACUUUGAGAUGGACGUCCAGGUGGGGGAGACAUUUAAGGUGCCGUCCACAUGUCCGAUAGUCACUGUGGAUGGUUAUGUGGAUCCUUCUGGAGGAGAUCGCUUCUGCCUGGGCCAGCUGAGCAAUGUCCACCGGACAGAGAAUAUUGAAAGAGCCCGGCUCCACAUUGGCAAAGGUGUGCAGCUGGAAUGCAAAGGGGAAGGCGAUGUGUGGGUGCGCUGUUUGAGCGACCAUGCAGUGUUUGUUCAGAGCUACUAUCUGGAUCGAGAAGCUGGACGCGCCCCGGGCGACGCUGUUCAUAAGAUCUACCCCAGUGCUUACAUCAAGGUGUUCGACUUGCGCCAGUGCCACAGGCAGAUGCAGCAGCAGGCGGCGACGGCUCAGGCAGCAGCUGCAGCCCAGGCAGCCGCCGUGGCUGGGAACAUACCGGGGCCCGGCUCUGUGGGAGGCAUCGCGCCCGCCAUCAGUUUGUCUGCCGCAGCGGGAAUCGGAGUCGACGACCUGCGCAGGCUGUGCAUUCUGCGCAUGAGCUUCGUGAAAGGCUGGGGGCCCGACUACCCACGGCAAAGCAUCAAGGAGACCCCCUGCUGGAUCGAAAUCCAUCUACACCGAGCUCUGCAGCUCCUAGACGAAGUCCUGCACACCAUGCCCAUAGCUGACCCUCAACCUCUGGACUGAAGUAACAUUAAAAAAAAAAGGAAAAAUACGAAAAUCAACAGAAAAUGUAGAAAAACAAAACAAAAAAACAACUUUGAACAGACCGCUCCAUCUGUAGGCCUGGGGUGCUAAAGGAGGACUGCAAUCAUGUGAAUGCUGUGUAGCUUGUAGAAGAAAGGACCUAAAGACCGGCCGUAUACUCCAAGCUGGAAAUUGAGCCGUUAGCAACGCGCUAACUGCAUUUCAGGACACCGCUGGGUUGAACACGUCAGUAUUUUUUAUUUUUUUUUUGAAAACGUGCAAAAUAAAGUGUUAAAAUGUUAACUUAUAUGGAAUAUGUAACAGGAAGAAGUAAAGCCUUUAUCCAAAAAUAAUAAAUAAUAAUAAAAAAAAAAAGAUCCUCUCUAAAUUCAUGAAAUGACUUUAGUAAUUCAUUUGACUGUGAUCUCUUGUGUCUGUUUGUCCUGAAUGUAUUUUUAGUUGGGAGUAUACUGCUGGUAUGUUGAGCUGAAAAGGCUUUCUGUAAUGUAGAAAUCAUUUCCACGCUCUCAGAUCAGGGCCUGGAAAGAAAAACCGUAUUAUUCAUGCUCUUGUAAAACUUGGAUCUUCACAGUAAAAAAGAUCUUUUGUUUUUCCAUUUUGUAUUCUUUUACUUAGAUUUAACGACACUCAGACCGUUUUAGAGCUCAGCACCAUUAUUGUAUCAUCAUUGUACCUUGUGAUUUUUUUUUUUUUUUUUUUUUUGUAAAUCAGCAAUUUGAAACCAUUUACACACCAACAGAAACAUUUUUGAUUAGGUGUCCAUUAGCACUUUAUUAGUUUUAUGUUUACUCAGCUGUAUUCAUAUUCCUAGCAUGGCUAUUUUUAAUUGCGAUCUGUGGAAGAUGGGAAUUUGCUGUAAUUGCCCCCAAGAUUUCACGUUGGUUUGAGUGGUAAAUUACAUCGAAGGGGCUGAAAUUAGUAAAAACUAUGGAUGAAUUAAUCUGAUCAACAGGCUAAUAAGUGUGUUACAGGAACAGCGAGGAAGUGUAAGCCAUAAUGACGCCAACGAUACAUUUGGAGGUUUGACCCGACUGAAGUGGUUUCAGUAUUACUUUGCUCAUUAAAGUUUAGUUUUCUGGAUUUUUAUUUUUUUUCUCAGCAUGAUUGAUGACCAAGUAUUCAGUUUUCUGUUAACCAACUAAUGUGGCAGUAUUUUAUACACCUGCUACCUUUUAGUUAUUUGUUCUGGUCAAUAUACAUAUACAUAUAUAUAUAAAGAAUGGUAAAGAAAGCUGUAAAACAAAACAAUCUUGAUCUUUACAGUAAUGUAAUAAAAGCUGAAUAAAUGGAGUUUGAACAACAA